CUGCAGUUCAUCUUGAAAUGUAACCAGUUCACCGUGGAAUGUCACCAGAUCAGUUUGAAAUGUAACCAGAUCAUCUUGGAAUGUCACCAGUUCAUCUUGAAAUGUAACCAGUUCAUCUUGGAAUGUCACCAGUUCAUCUUGAAAUGUAACCAGUUCAUCUUAGAAUUUCACCUGCAGUUAAUCUUGAAAUGUAACCAGUUCAUCUUGGAAUGUCACCAGAUCACCUUGAAGUGUAACCAGAUCAUCUUGGAAUGCCACCAAAUCAUCUUGAAAUGUAACCAGUUCAUCUUGAAAUGUCACCCGUUCAUCUUGAAAUGUCACCAGAUAAUCUUGGAAUUUCACCUGCAGUUAAUCUUGAAAUGUAACCAGUUCAUUUUGGAAUGUCACCAGAUCACCUUGAAAUGUAACCAGGUCAUCUUGGAAUGUCACCAGUUCAUCUUGGAAUGUCACACAGAUCGUCUUAAAAUGUAA